AUGUCGAUACUGAAAAAAUCUAAAGAUAUUUUAGAGAACAUACAAUCUAAGACUCCUUCCUCUGACGAUAGUAUAAAACAUUUGACUUCAUUGUACGCAGAAACAAGCCAAACAGAGUUGUUGUCUACAUCACCCGUGGACGUAACAUUCAUUGGAGCAACACACAAGGUGACCAGUAUUUCUCCAAGCAGAGAAACCAGUCGGGCAGAGUUAUUGUCUACUUCUUCAGCAGAUGUAACAACCAUUGGACUAACUAACCCUGUGACUAUUGAAGAUCUCUGUAAUACAGCAACAGGAUAUACCUAUGACACAAGCAUGGACAUUUGUUACAAAGCUGUUGUAAUUUUGAGAUAUUAUACACAAGCUAAGGAACAAUGUGUUUCAGACGGUGCACAUCUCCUACUUAUUCAUUCUUCGGAUGUGUACGGAUGGGCUAUGAAUCUAAUGGAUUAUUAUGGAAUGCUUCGUAUUUUUUUCCAAGGUGAACGAGUCGACCAAUACUCACCUUUCUUAGAUGAUGCAGGCAAUACUCUAACAUAUUUCAACUGGAGUCCAGGGGAACCAGAUGUUAUCGGGAAUUAUUUACGAACGGACGGAACAACAAGACUAAUGGAGGCAUCUUCAGGAAACACCGAGUAUUCUUACAUUUGUCAGAUAUAUUAGGUUUCACAUGACAAUCAGUUGCUUUUGAAUCUAAUGAUAUAGACGCUUAACAAUACAUAAUUUCUACUUAAUGAUAAGUUUUCUGUACACUAUCUUAAUUCAGAUGUUUAUAAAUUUUCAAAUACCAUAGAGACAAUAACCCGACCAAAGAGCAGAUAACAGCCGAAGGCAACCAAUUUAUUUUGAUAUCGUUCCAAUAGUAUCCUCUGUAUCUUACCAAAAUAUGGCUAUGAUUAGCUUUUUAAAUUUUUUUCCUACUGUUCAA